AAAAGAUGCUUUGGAGAAGCGCGGCUGACACCCCGAACAUAAGACAUGACCCAGGCAGUUAAGCUCGCCUCCAGGGUGCUCCAUCGAGUCCACCGGCCUCCACAGCUGGAUGCCUCCUCCUCGCUGACCUCCAGAGGCUCUGACCCAGUUCUCCGGAGUUUGUCUGACAUCCCUGGGCCCUCUAUGCCUAGCUUCCUGGCAGAACUUUUCUGCAAAAGUGGGCUGUCCAGGCUACAUGAACUGCAGGUGCAGGGAGCUGCACGCUACGGGCCAAUAUGGUCAGGCAGCUUCGGGACACUUCGCACGGUGUAUGUGGCCUCCCCUGCGCUUGUGGAGCAGCUGCUGCGGCAAGAGAGCCCCUGUCCAGAGCGCUGCAGCUUCUCAUCUUGGGCAGAGCACCGUCGCCGCUACCAGCGGGCUCCGGGAUUGCUAACAGCGGAUGGGGAAGAAUGGCAGAGGCUGCGAAGCCUCCUGGCCCCGCUGCUCCUCCGGCCUCAAGCAGCCGCUGGCUACGCUGCAACUCUGGACAACGUGGUCCGUGACCUUGUGCGACGACUCAGGCGCCAGCGGGGACGUGGCUCUGGGCUACCCAACCUAGUUCAGGACGUGGCGGGAGAGUUUUACAAAUUUGGCUUAGAAGGCAUAGGCGCCGUGCUGCUGGGUUCGCGCCUGGGCUGCCUGGAGGCAGAAGUACCUGCCGACACAGAGACCUUCAUCCACGCGGUGGGCUCGGUGUUUGUGUCCACACUCUUGACCAUGGCAAUGCCCAACUGGAUGCACCGCCUUGUACCCGGACCCUGGGCCCGCCUCUGCCGAGACUGGAACCAGAUGUUUGCCUUUGCCCAGAAGCACGUGGAGCAGCGGGAAAGCGAAGCAGACGUGAGGAAACCGGGGAAGACUGAGGAGGACGUGCCGUCUGGGCAUCACUUAACCCACUUCCUUUUUCGGGAAAAGUUGUCUGUCCAGUCCAUUGUGGGGAACGUGACAGAGCUACUGCUGGCUGGAGUGGACACGGUAUCCAAUACGCUCUCCUGGACACUCUAUGAGCUCUCUCGGCACCCCGAUGUCCAGUCUGCACUUCACUCUGAGAUCUCAGCUGCUGUGGACCCUGGCUCCCGGGCCCACCCCCAAGCCACUGUUCUGUCCCAGCUUCGCCUGCUGAAGGCUGUGAUCAAGGAGGUGUUACGAUUGUACCCUGUGGUGCCUGGGAAUUCCCGUGUCCCAGACAGAGACAUCCGAGUAGGUGACUACAUUAUCCCCCAAAAUACGCUGGUCUCGCUCUGUCACUACGCCACUUCCAGGGACCCUGCGCAGUUCCCAGAGCCAAACUCUUUCAAUCCAGCUCGCUGGCUGGGGGAAGGCCCAGCCCCCCACCCAUUUGCAUCUCUUCCUUUUGGCUUUGGCAAACGCAGCUGCAUAGGGAGGCGCCUGGCUGAGCUGGAACUACAAAUGGCUGUGGCCCAGAUCUUGAUACAUUUUGAGGUGCUGCCUGAGCCAGGUGCUCUCCCAAUCAGACCCAUGACCCGGACUGUCCUGGUACCUGAGAAGCGCAUCAACCUACAGUUCGUAGACAGAUAGUCCUGUGGAAGGAAGCUGUUGUCAUCCGCCCUCUCUCCUAACAGGACAUUAUUAGGCAUAAGAGACACACUUCCCCUUGAGGUCUAUCUGAACAAACUUCAGGACGUAGGACCUGACCUAUGUGUAAAGCGUGUACUUGGCUUGACUCAGCGAGUCAAGGAUCAGAGAACCGUGAUCCUUUCUGCUGCUCAGUACUUCUGGUCAUUCCUCAAGGCCCAAAGCCAUCAGAUUUUAACACAUCCUUAAAGGGUCAACUCAGAUGUUAACUAAUAACCUGGGGGGGGGGGCUUGGGAGGGAUUCAACCUCUCUUCCUCCCUUGCUUACAGCGUUCACGGAUGCGCUGUCUAAGCAUUAACCUUAGCAUGUGUUCCGUGACUGUGCAUCUGGUGUGCACCUGGUCGGGUCUCUUUCUAAGCAUGUGAGCUCUUAGAGAAGAGUGGUGAAGCCUUCUCUGUCUAUUGGGAUUUCCUUCUUUCUU